UCUGUUUUAUGUUUAUCCUAAGCAGUUAACCAAAGAAUCCAAGUUCAAAGACAAAACUAACACCGUUUUUUUCCAAAUAUUUCUUCACUCCGAUACUCCAAUGAUCAAUGAUCUUAACCCAAGAUAGCCACCAAAUCAACAAUGAAUAUGGUCCCUAAAAUUACAAAACCAUAAUCUUAGUCCUUGAGUGCUUCACUAUACCAUUGAAAGAUUAUGGCAAGAAAGAACGAGGGAUGCGCUGUGGGAAUAGACCUCGGAACAACGUACUCGUGUGUUGCAGUAUGGCAGGAGCAGCAGGGUCGAGUGGAGAUUAUCCACAAUGACCAAGGCAAUAACAUCACUCCUUCUUUUGUUGCUUUCAAUGACAAACAAAGAUUGAUAGGUGAUGCUGCUAAAAACCAGGCUGCCACCAAUCCAGAGAACACUGUGUUUGAUGCUAAGAGAUUAAUUGGUCGUAAGUAUAGUGAUCCCAUUGUUCAGAAAGAUAAAAGGUUGUGGCCAUUCAAGGUCAUUCCUGGUGAUGGUGACAAACCCAUGAUUGUAGUUAACUAUAAGGGUCAGCAAAAGUACCUUUCCGCCGAGGAAAUAUCAUCUAUGGUUCUCUCAAAGAUGAGGGAGAUUGCAGAGACUUUUCAGGGAAAACCUGUAAGAAAUGCGGUGGUUACUGUGCCUGCUCAUUUCAAUGACUCUCAGCGUAAAGCUACCGUAGAUGCAGGAACCAUUGCUGGCCUCAAUGUUAUGCGGAUAAUCAAUGAACCCACAGCUGCAGCUAUUGCAUAUGGUUUUGACAAAGGAAUCAGAAGUGUUGGAGAGCGAAAUCUUUUAGUAUUUGACCUUGGUGGUGGUACCUUUGACGUGUCUAUCCUCACAGUUAAGGAUAAGGUAUUCCAAGUUAAGGUUACUGCAGGAAACACUCACCUUGGAGGAGAGGACAUUGAUAACAGAAUGGUGGAGUAUUUUAUGGAGGAGAUCAAAAGGAAAUACAGAGUGGACAUUAAUGGGAACCCAAGAGCUCUGAGGAGGUUGAGAACUGCAUGCGAAAGGGCAAAAAGAACACUCUCGUCUACAUUGACUACAAACAUUGAGAUAGAUGCCUUAUUUCAAGGCAUUGACUUCUGUUCUUCAAUCACUCGUGCAAAGUUCGAUGAAAUCAAUAUGAGACUCUUUCAAGAGUGUUUGGAGACAGUAGAUAACUGUCUUAAUGAUGCUAAGAUGGACAAGACCAGUGUGCAUGAUAUUGUACUUGUUGGUGGCUCUUCUAGGAUUCCUAAAGUGCAGCAACUAUUGCAGGAUUUCUUCAACGGCAAGGAUCUGUGCAAGAGCAUCCACCCGGACGAAGCUGUUGCUUACGGUGCAGCUGUUCAAGCUGCUUCGUUGUGUGAAGACAUUCAGAAUAUUCCUGACUUGGUGCUGUUGGAUGUAACACCACUCUCACUUGGUACAUAUACAACGGGAGAUAUCAUGGGUGUAAUGAUUCCCAGGAAUACUAGAAUUCCGGUAAAAAAGACAGAAGUGUAUGCAACAGUUUACGAUAAUCAAACGUGUGCCUCAGUUAAGGUUUAUGAGGGUGAAAGAACAAAAGCCAGUAACAACAAUUUGCUGGGGCUUUUUAGUAUAACCUUUCCUCCAGCUCCCCGUGGCUCUCCUGUUCUUGUGUGCUUUGUCAUCGAUGAGAAUGGUACUCUGUCUGUUUCUGCCGAGGAUCAAACCACGGGCAAUAAAAACCAGAUUAGCAUAACCAACAGCAGAGAAAGACUAUCAGCUGAAGAAAUGAGUAGAAUGAUUGAAGAAGCUAAAAUUUAUGAGGCCGAAGAUAGGAAGUUCCUUAGAAAGGCUAAGGCAAUGAAUUCUUUGCAUGAUUACGUUUACAAGAUGACGAAUGCUUUGAAGGACAAGUAUACCAGAUCAAAGCUUUCCUUGCAACAAAGGUUAAACAUCAGUACUGCAAUUACUAAGGUCACAUGUUUGCUUGAUGAUGAUAAUCACCAGGUUGAUGUGGAUGUAUUUGAGGAUUAUCUGAAGGAACUCGAGAGCCUCUUUGAUCAGAUAUUCAGCAUCAACGAUUAGUUACUUUCCAAAUGACAUAUUUUGCGAUUCCAAUUUUCCUUGUUGUUGUGUGUGAUCAAGACAAAGUGUUUGUGAUUAAUGUUACCUUCACACAAAGUUUGAUAAAUUGUGUUAUUGUGUCGCACUUGAGAGCACUCUGUGCUUUUGAAUUGACUCACCUGGUGUUCUGCUUUAUCUUCAGAAAAAUAAAAGUCUAUUCUCAA